AAAGAGACCCUGUUGAAGGAAGACUUAGAAAAACUGGCCGCCAUGCGGAACAAACAGCCCUGGUUUACAGAAGAGCAGAAAGAGGAGCUUGCAGAAGUACAUUCGUGGAUUCGGAAUCGGACAAUCCCGCAAGAAAUAGACACACAAGGAUGUGUCACGUGUGUGAAUAUCGCAGCAUCAAACAAGGAGACCGAAGAGGCAACCGAAAGCCCUGCGGAGAUCGACACCAAGGCAGAUGAACAAGAACAGCACCAAGAACAGUGCCGGAGCAGCCCCAGCCAGGGGGACUCUGCUAACUCGGAAACAUGACGCUCCUUGUAAAUACUUUUUUCUAUGACAUUUUGCAAACAUUAUUUAAACUCAUUCACGGCACAAAGACUUCUGAGGAUUUACCAACUUUCUAGAAUCCUUUUUGAUCUGUUGAAGAAUCCCAAUCGUUUUCGAA